GAACCAUCACCAGGCUGAACAGCUGCCUGCCUACAUGCGCAUGCGCACUGCGAGUCUGACAGUUUCUGUGUUCAGGUGGUAAAUCUGCAGAGCUCCGAUGGCCCCCCGUCCUCAGGACCCUGAAGGCAACACGCCGUCACGUGAUGGUUGGCUCAUCAUGGCGGUUCCCUUCGGACGGUUGCUACUCUUGACGCUCCUGCUGUUCUGCUGCGGUUCUGGUUCUGGUCUCAAAGCGACUGAGGCUGAAGAGGCGGAGGACUGCCGACACCUGAGGCUGGGACAGUAUCUGUGCAGAGACCCGAAGAUCGAUGAAUCCACGCAGGAACCGGAGAACUGCCGGCAUGGCGUGGCGUUCGUGGACUGUCUGCCCGCUCCAAACGUCACCUGCCGGCUGUCCAACGGAACCGAGGUCCGGUUCAGUGGAGACGAGGUCGGCUUCAACAGAACAGUCGCCUGCAGGAACGUGACCGGAUAUUCCUACAAGGUUGCCGUGGCGCUGUCUCUGUUCCUGGGCUGGCUGGGAGCGGACCGGUUCUACCUGGGAUACCCGGCCCUCGGUCUGCUGAAGUUCUGCACCGUGGGAUUCUGUGGGAUCGGGACUCUGAUCGACUUCAUCCUGAUCGCCAUGCAGAUGGUGGGCCCGGCGGAUGGGUCCAGUUACAUCGUGGAUUUCUACGGCGCCCGGCUGACCCGGCUCUCCAUCACCAACGAGACGUUCAGGAAGCCUCACCUGGCGCUCUGAUCGCAGCCGGACCGGGCCGCGCAGCCUUCGGGUGAAAGAGGAGCAAUUGCGUCUUCAUCACCCGUCACAUUCCUGGAGGACCGAUCCGGGUGUCCCCUCCAUGUCCUCCAUGUCCCCUCCAUGUCCUCCAUGUCCCUAUUCAGAAGUUUUUCUGCUGUUUAAGUUAUUAAAUUUGAAAUAAAUCAUUCUGAGUUGA